AUGACGUAUCUGGGUGUGUCCCAGAAUGAGGCUCAAAAGAUCUGCAACCAGGAGUACGGCGGGUACAUUAGCUACCCGAGGCUGAGGGAGUUCUAUACCUCGUACCUUGGUAGGGCCAACGUAUUGGCGGGUACGGAGGAUGCUGAGGAGCUUGAGGAGCUGGCGAGGGUCAGGACAUACUGCGUCCGGUGUUACCUUCUGUACUUGGUCGGAUGCUUGUUGUUUGGCGAUAGAAGCAACAAGCGCAUCGAGCUGAUAUAUUUGACGACCAUGGCGGACGGGUACGCAGGGAUGCGUAAUUAUUCUUGGGGAGCUAUGACCCUCGCCUACCUAUACGGCGAGUUGGCGGAUGCAUGUAGGCCUGGACACAGAGCGCUUGGGGGGAGCGUGACACUGCUGACUGCAUGGUUUUUGGCGCAUUUUCCAGGGUUUUUUAGUGUUGAUCUCAACACUGACUACCUGGAAAACUAUCCGGUUGCAGCGAGGUGGAAGCUCCAGAAGGGUCAUGGGGAGGGAAUCACGUAUCGAUCACUGCUCGAUCGUAUACAGUUAGAUGAUAUAUGCUGGAGGCCGUACGAGGAGCACAGAGAGAUCCAGGACUUCGAGGAGGUUUUCUGGUAUUCUGGAUGGAUUAUGUGCGGCGUCCGUAGGGUGUACCGUCACUUGCCCGAGAGGGUUUUGAGGCAGUACGGAUACGUGCAGACCAUCCCCAGACAUCCGACUGAUGUUAGGGACCUCCCACCGCCUUCCAUUGUGCAGAUGUUCGUCGACUUCGGCACUCACACGCUUAAGGCGGACGCCCGGGGUGAGCAGGCAGGAGAGGAGACAUGGCGGGCGGCGGAUGGCUAUGUCCUGUGGUACGCUAGGGUGUCUCACCCUCAGAUCUUGCCACCUAUUCCAGGAGAUCUUCCGAGGCCUGCAAAUGAAGAGCAGAUCAUUGCAGAGCAGUGGCAGCGGUAUGAGGCGAGAAGCUCGCCUGACACCUAUGACAUGGUUAGUGGCGCUGUUGCUUACGCUGAUGCGCAGUUAGGCCAAGAGGAGGUCAUGAGCAUGACCCCUCAGCAGUGGUUUGAGGCCAUGACCCAUAUGAGGGAGCCGAUCGCGCCGAUUCUGACCAGGAGGAGAGCCCAGAGGCCGAGGCGGAGGCACCAUCAGCAUGAUCAGGACCAGUAG